UACACAGAAUAAGAACUUUCUUAUCUACCAUGUUGAUUUUCAUGAUUCAAUUUUCGGACGGUUUUCCCUAGGCUUCGAUAUAUUAGUGUCGAGACCUAUUUAUAUGAUGGUGCCAUGGACAUAGAUAUAUUCACAAUAAACAUGGCAAAGAAUUCGUUGUCGGAACAAUUCUCCUUGAAGUGGAACAAUUUUUCUAAUAAUUUAACAUCUGGGUUUCUAAGUCAUCUUACUGAAAAUGAUCUAGUUGAUGUUACACUUGCAGUGGAAGGUCAAUUGUUACAAGCACACAAACUGGUUCUGUCAGUAUGUAGUCCAUACUUUAAAAAUAUAUUUAAGGAAAAUCCUUGUCAACAUCCAGUAAUUAUACUUAAGGACAUGAAGUAUACUGAAAUUGAGUCAUUAUUGAAAUUCAUGUAUCAAGGUGAAAUAAAUAUCAAUCAAGAAGAUUUAUCUACUUUUCUAAAAGUAGCACAAACAUUACAGAUAAGAGGACUCACAACAGAAGAUACAAAUAGCACAAAAUCGUUUCCUAGUUGUGAUAUUCAAUCAGAUAUUGAUAGUAAUAUACAAAAUGUUGCUCAAUCAAAUUUAAGUACAAUAAAUAGAACUUCCAAAGAAAUAGAAAUGAUAGAUAGAAGAAAGAGAUCCCAUGACAUAACAAAAAAAAGUUACAAGAGAAAAAAACAAGAUAUGUCCUUAAUAGCAGAAAAUAUUCACGAUCUAUCUAAUGAGAAAGUGGAUAAUGGUAAUCAAGAAGUUCUGUUUUUGACGACUGACACAAACAAUGAGACAAAUGAAAUUGUAGAUGAGGAAGAAAAUAUUAAUAUUCCUACUAUAAAAAUCAAUGAUAAUAAUAAAAGUGAUGAUAACCCUUUGCUACCUUUUCCCUUGAAUACUGAAAAUUCAAGAGAAAAUUCAACUCAGCAAGAUGUUGAACCAGUAAUUUACAGGCUUUCUGCACGAGGUCGACCACAAUUAGUGCAUGAGGGUUAUGUUUACAAUUUGACUUCUCGCUCCGAGGGUUUGAAUAGGUCUCAUUAUAGGUGUGCUGAACAGCAUCGUGGUUGUAAAGGUAAAUGUGCGGUUAUUGCAGAAAGAUUUAUGCCUACAGGUGUACAUGAUCAUAAUCAUCCACCUGGGUAUCAAUCAGAACAUGAUUACAGAAAAAAGAAAGGUUUAGAUGUAGAUACUCCUUAAAUCAUAAAUAUUUUAAGCUUGUAAACAGCAUUUUAUCAUAUUCUUAUUUUGUUACUGAAACUUUAGUGAAAAUGAAAAGUUCUUUCCAAGUAAUAUUGGCAUAUAACAUAUGCAUAGUAUUGCAUAUAACAAUAAUUCUUCAUAGAAAAGAAGCAUACAGUUAGGAAAUAUUCAUUUGCUGUGCAAUUUUAUAAUGAAAAUAAAAAUUUAGUACAUUGCAAUAUUGCAAAAAUUGUACAUUUAUAACUAUAUAUAACAGUAACAUAACAAGCCAAUGUGGUAUAUGGACCACUGUAUUUCAAUAAACUGUGAUGCACUUUUUUGCGAUAUAUAUAUAAAGAAAAACAAUAUAAAAUAGGUGAUGAGUACAUUCCAUUUAGUAUUAUAUUUAAUUUUCAUUAAAGCCAAAUAAAAGUAUUUAAUUUAUGUUAAUUGUUUACAUAUAGACUACUAUUUGUCGUGUAAUAAAUAUAAUUUGUUUUUA